AGUCCCCGCCCCGUGGGUCAAAGCAGCACGAGUCUCCCAGACUAUAAAAGCCACGCACGGUCCGCUCCCCGUGACCACAGCAGCCCGUGACCACAGCAGCGGUGAUCGCAGCGGUCCAAACUCGUAGUUUGCCCUCAAAUGGGUCAUAGUCACUUCUAGUUCUUCUUCUACUUCAGCCAUUCGCACCUAACAGCCGCAGCUGGUACCUGUGUCACCAUCUUACACUAAAAGGUUACCAAUUUCAUCUUUGAGCGGUUUUUCCAUCUAAGGUCGAAAGAAAAUGGCAGCAAUUCCAUCAAGUGGUUCUCUCAUCGCCACCCAUGACUACUACAGAAGACGCCUGGGGUCCAACUCCAGUAACAGUUCUUGUGGCAGCGCUGAGUACACAGGAGAGGUCAUUCCACACCACCCAGCACUUCCGAGGCAAGACUCCGGACACUGGUGGACCUCGUUUUUCUUUGCCAAGCAGAACCAGCCCGGCACUCAGAAUGGAUUUGACAAUCAAAAGAACGGAACCUACACAGUGGCCAACGGCCAGGUGACCUGCAUCGCCAGGGAGAUGGUUCUGAAGCGACAGCUCAGCGAAAGCAGUGAAAAUGGGAAAUCUGAAGCCACGACUACCCCUUCGGCGCCCUCCUAGACGCCAUUCCCACACCACCACCGCCCCCACACACACACACACCUGUCUCACCUUCAGCUUGCCAUCCGUCACGCAGUCCCGCGGUGAAGAUGGAGAUGAUGUCGGUGAUGAUGAUGGUGUUUUGUAACCUAUAGUAAAUACACUUUGCUUGUUGCGUUGCCUCUGUAUGUCAUCUUUGUAUUAUGACCAAAAGUUUAAAAAAAAAACAACCGAAAAAAAGUAUGUAAAAAGACAUUUUUUUUCAUUUAUUUCUUGUAAACGACUUUCCACUGUUGAUACUGAUAUGUUGAUUAGAAUUAAAAGCUUGUAGUCACCACUUCUGCGUCACUGAUCAAUGCUGCAGUUAUGACUCUUUAAGGGGUUCACUUCCCGUAAAAGGUAUAAAAGAGGAAAACAAUUGUACAGUGCUUUGGUGUAAUCCUCACACAGAGAGGCAGCGGUUUUAUAACCUGGAGCAGAAACACAUGCAGCCUAGUUAUCAGGCCGGUCUAAUCUCUUUAACGUCGGUAUGAUUAGAAACGAUUAAUUCAGGUGGUAAAGCAGCUUGUGUAAUGCCCCAUCUUGACUUGGAUGUGGGUCAGCGUCUUCUGGAAGACAGGCUGUCGUGGAGGGUAAAGAUUAGGGCGGUUUGGAUCACUACAUUAAAGAGCAAGUUGUUUUCUGGUUUCUUUACCCGACUAUGAGUCAUGUUUUUUUUUUCACCAUGACUCUACAGCAGCCCGGAAACAUGACCUAAGCCACCUGCCGCUAUGGGUUUGAAUUAUUUAACCACCUGAGACCAUGCAUCAUCAUGUGAGGACACUGCAUUUCAGCCUCUCUGUGCCCUGAUACAUUAUAUAAAAACUUUGACCUGUUGGCCUCAUAGUAGACACUAUCAGAAACUAAUGUUUGAAAUAUAAAAUAAAAUGGUCUA